CUCAUCGGCACUCUGAGAUUGUCAGAGAAGAGUUGGGCUUAGUGGGUUCUAACAGAAUACAGUAUCUCUGAGCCAUGAUGACUCCACUUGUCCUGUGCCUGAUCCUCUCCUCUAUGGGAGGCCAGAUCACAGCCCAGUGGCAGGGUAAUGAGUUAGAACAGGGAGUGGUUGUUGGACAUGAGACCAGUGACCACUGUGCCCUGUGCUGUGCCAGCCAGGCUACACAUGCUGCUACGUGUGCACAAGAAAGCCAGGUGCUUGGUCUGCAGAAUACUUUUCAGCAGCAACAGAGCCUGAUUUCUGGUCUACAGAAUACUGUUGAGCAGCAGCAGAGCCUGAUUUCCGGUCUACAGAAUACUGUUGAACAACUACAGGGCCUGGUUUCCAGUCAACAGGUUGAACUGCAUCAAACACUACAAACCUUGCAAGAAAGACCCCGUGACUGUUCAGACCUGCUGAAGGAAGGGUAUGACAGCAGUGGGAUCUACACCAUCUAUCCCAAUUUCAAUGAUGUCCAGCUCAAUGGAAAAAGCAUUGGGGUGUUCUGUGACAUGGAUACAGACAGUGGUGGAUGGACCGUUUUCCAGCGUCGUCAGGAUGGUUCUGAGGACUUCUACCGGGGCUGGGCUGAUUACAAGGCUGGAUUUGGCAAACUGGACGGAGAGUUUUGGCUAGGCAAUGACAAGCUCCACCAGCUGACCAGCCAAGCCCAGUAUGAGAUGCGGGUUGACCUGGAGGAUUUUGAGGGCAACAGUGCGUAUGCGCAGUACCAGGCCUUUACUGUGGGGAGUGAAGCUGGACACUACAUACUGACUGUUGGAGGAUACAAUGGGACAGCUGGAGACUCAAUGGUCUACAAACAUAAUGGUUUUCCAUUCAGCACCAAGGACAGGGACUAUGAUGGGAGUUCUGGCUCCUGUGCCCAGUCCUACAAGGGGGGCUGGUGGUACGGCAGCUGCCACCACUCCAACCUGAAUGGCCUGUACCAUGGAGGUUCCCAUACCUCCUAUGCAGAUGGAGUCAACUGGCUUGCCUGGAAGGGCCACUACUAUUCCCUGAAGCAUACUGAGAUGAAGAUACGUCCCAUAACUAACUAAAGCAGGGGAGUGACAUGUACUAGUUAGCUUGUCACAUUGACCAUGGGUCAUCAGCACAACUUGAAAAACAAAAAUUACUUGCUAUUUCAUAACUCUUACAAUGUUAAUUUGCUAAGAUGAUAUACAUUGUAUAAGCUUAACGAACCAUGGAUGUAUCAAUAAAUUUUGCUCUGAAUGAAUUGCCA